GUUGGCUUCCCCCAAGCUGCAGAAAGAAUACCGCUAAUUCAUCAACUGCGGCAGGAGUUCUUGCUUCUUGGGCAGGGAAUCCAUCUGUUUCAGUGACAUACAGAUACAAGGUGCCAGUUUGCUGGAACAUGGCUGUGCGUUUGUUUGAGGCACGACAUCAUGCAGCUUUGUAUCAGAAAUACAGAUUCUCUCCCUCUGAAAAUCUCCAAAGUCUCAUCUUCUCCUACUUGGAAGAAAAGACGUGUCUGUUCUCUCCUCAGAAAGUAGACCCCAUUCGGCUGGCAGUGGAUGUUGGCUGCGGGUCAGGACAAAGCACUCGCGUACUUGCAGCUCAUUUUGAGAAGGUGGUUGGAACAGACAUCAGUGAAGCUCAAAUCGAGGCAGCCAAACAAGCUGCCUCCUUCCCAAAUGUUUCUUACCAUGUGUGCCCUGCAGAGGAGCUGCCAUUUGAGGAUGGUUCCGUGGACUUCAUUACUGCUUUUACAGCUGCCCACUGGUUUGAUAUGCCGAGGUUCAUGAAAGAAGUGGAUCGAGUUCUCAGGCCACAUGGCUGUGUCGCCCUUAGCACCUACACUACAGACUUCAGUAUGCACUAUAAAGACUGCUCGGAAAGGCUUAUGGAAAUCCUCACUGAGACCCGGGACCUGCUUCUUGAAUAUGCAGAUGAAAAAGUAAAACUUGUCUUUGCAGAGUAUAAAGAGGUGUUUGAGUCUGUGCCUUUUCAGGACAAGCGGAGAGUUACCCAGAUCUUAGACAAAAUUCCCAUGUCUGUUGCGGGAGUAACUGGGUUUUUCCAGUCCUCCACCAUGUAUCAAGCCUUUCUGAGGAGCGACCCUGAAACAGCAAAAUCCCUCCUCCAAAAAACUGAACAAAGGUUCCUGGACACCAUGGGAGUUUGCUCUAAUGAAACCCAGGUAGAGAUUGGGAUAAGGAGUGUUUCUGUUCUAGGCUGCAAGGGGCCAUGAAUGGAAAAUCCAGCGAUGAUCCUAUAGCCAGAAGAAAAAUCUCAAUUUUUUGGUAUCUACUUGUAACUGAUGUUAUCACUGUUCAAUAAAGUCCAUGGCAAAACUCCCGUCCUCUUCAAUGGGAGAGAAAGGAAGCACGAUAUCAAAUAGUACCAAUAUUAGAAGGGCUUUCACGGGGUUGUUGUUUCCUAUUUAAAGAGGAAAAGCACGGUGUUCUGUCCAGCCUCCCUUCAACAGGCAUUGGAAGAAAUCAAGGACCCUUUGCCACAUAGAAGGCUGCAGAGAUUGACUCAUAUCUGGAAUAUGCAAUAAACAUCAUGUUCCCUAACAGCUGAGAGAUUUUU